AUGGAUAUACGGGAAACGCAUGUCAAGAAUCGGUUACAUUACCUUGGCGUUUCAACGGAGAUGGAAUUCUAAGCUUCAAUCCAUUACUUCGCCCGAUACAAUUACCGUGGCUUACUGCCCUUUCAAUCAGAACUCGCCAAAAGAUGCUUUCCUGAUGCAAACACAAGUAGGUCAAAAUAGUUCGGUGAUUGUUUCUUUGCGGAAUGGUGUGCUGUAUUACACGUAUAAUUCUGAACCAAUGUUUCUUGCCGGAACUAAUCUAGCAGACGGAAAAUGGCAUAGGAUAGAAAUCAAGUGGUUGGGAACAGAAGUAUCGCUGUCUGUGGACUAUGGCCAACGAGCCGGUUUGCUGCCAAUGACUCAAAAAAUACAAGGCAUGUACGUCGGCAGAAUAGUGAUCGGAGGUUCAGAGAGCAGCAUUUCUGGAUAUGGUGACUACGGUUUCUACGAAGGUUGCAUACAAGAUGUUCGUGUAGGAGGAACUCAGUCGGUUCUUAAUCGUCCAACCAUCCGAGAAAAUGUGAUUGAUGGAUGUACGUCAAAUGCCAAAUGUCCAGAUAGCUGCCCGGAACAUUCAAACUGUGUCAUUAGUUGGGACGAGGCACAUUGUGAGUGCAUCCACGGCUAUGUUGGAGAAAACUGUUUACCUAUAUGUACGGCCAAACCCUGCUCCGACAAUGGGCAGUGCCGUGCUGAUAUGACAACUAAAAAGGGUUAUCGUUGUCAAUGCAAUAGCACUGCUAAUUCUGGUGACUAUUGUGAAAUCACAACUCAACAACCAUGCCCUGCCGGAUGGUGGGGAGAACGAGGAUGUGGACCUUGCAAGUGUAAUUUGAAGCAAGGUUAUCAUCCCGAUUGUAACAAAUUAACUGGCCAAUGCUACUGUCGUGAGAACCAUUAUCAAAUGGAAAACGACACAUCUUGUCUUCCUUGCGAAUGUUAUGCCGUAGGGUCAUAUGGAAAAUCUUGUACAAACUCUGGUCAAUGUGAGUGCCGAGAAGGAGUGAUAGGAAGGCGUUGUGAUUCGUGCUCUAAUCCAUAUGCAGAAGUAACUCUGAACGGAUGUGAGGUAGUGUAUGAUGCUUGUCCCAAAUCAUUUUCCGCUGGAGUAUGGUGGCCAAGAACAACUUUUGGUGAAAUGGCUGUGGAAAAUUGUCCGUUACCCGCUAGAGGUAAAGGAGUUAGAAAAUGCGAUAUAGAGCAGGAGGAUGGGGCCAACCAGACAUGUUUAAUUGCACAUCCGAAAAAUUCUUGGAUCUUCGAAAGCAGCUAUCUCAGAUUGAAACUGAAGGACUUGAAUUAA